AUGGAAAUUAAUGAUUCUACUAAUAUAAAUCUACUUGAGUCUGAAGAUUUAGGCAAAAUCGACAUAAAUGAGAUAGUACCAAAACCAACUGUUCAGCGAUCUGCAAAAGGACCUGUCUGUAUUGAUGAAUGUUCACCUGAUGGUAAAUAUAUCCAACUAGCAAAUACUUCUGCAAUUAGAGAUGUGGAUUUAACUGGUUGGCGUCUUUUACGAAGUGUCAACAAUGCCCCAGAGAUUUCAUUCGCCAUGCCAAAUAACUUUAAAUUGAAUAACAGAAAAAGUGUUAAAAUCUAUGCUUGUGAUCGAGAUAGCGAGAGAUUACCUUGUGAUCUUGUUUCGUCUAAUAUUAGUACAUGGGGUGUGGGUCAUACUAUCAUUACUCGUCUUCUUAAUGAUAAUGAUGAAGAAAAAGCAGUUCACAUUCAAAUGAUUGCUAAAUAG